CGCUGGCCGUCGUCGUUGUCGUCGUGUGAUUGCCCUACAGAAUGGUCGUUGGUUCGAAUCACACGCGACGUGGUGAAACUGGCAGUCGAUAUACAAGCAACACCACCACCACCACCGCCAUCACCAACAAUAACAACACCAACGGCGGCAACACAAACACCAACAACAACAGAAGCAACUCCACAUCAACAUCAACGGCGGCGGCUUUGUUGUCGUCAAUGUCACACAAAAGCCAUAACGCCGUCCAUGCACCCACAGCAAACAGCAAUCACCACCAUAACCACCACCUCCAAUACCACCAGCAGCAGCAACCGACAAUAACGACGACGACGACGACGCCGGCGACAAAUACAAAUAGUAGCAACAAUCAUCAGCAGCAGCAACAACAGCAACACCAUUUGCAUUCCCAUUACCAAACGCAACAGCAGCAUCAACAACAUUCGCAUCAUCAAACCAAUGGAAGCAGUUCAGGAGGAGGAGGAAGCGGAGGAGGAGUUAUUGGCACUCUUAAUGGAUGCAAUGGCAGUGGAAGCGCUAGUGCCGUUAGUCGCAUAUCCCAAUCGACUGGAAUGUCACCCCGGGAAUUAUCCGAGAAUGAUGAUCUCGCCACAUCGUUAAUAUUAGAUCCACAUCUUGGUUUUCAAACGCAUAAAAUGAAUAUCCGUUUUCGUCCGCUCAAAGUGGAUACACAACAAUUGAAAACAAUUGUUGACGAUUUUAUACAUACACAAAAUUACGAUGUGGCCAUACAGAAAAUCUACGAUGGUCCAUGGAUACCAAGGCACUUAAAGAAUAAGAAUAAAAUAGCCACCAAGCGACUGCAUGAUCAUAUUGUGCGAUAUUUACGUGUAUUCGAUAAAGACAGCGGUUUCGCAAUUGAAGCAUGUUACCGCUAUUCGUUGGAAGAGCAACGCGGAGCGAAAAUCAAUUCGACAAAACGCUGGUCGAAAAACGAGAAAAUCGAAUGCCUUGUCGGUUGUAUAGCCGAAUUGACCGAAUCGGAGGAGGCGGCCCUAUUGCAUGCGGGCAAAAAUGAUUUCUCUGUGAUGUAUAGCUGCCGGAAGAACUGCGCUCAACUUUGGCUGGGACCAGCGGCGUAUAUCAAUCAUGAUUGUCGGGCGAAUUGUAAGUUUCUGGCCACAGGACGUGAUACGGCAUGUGUGAAAGUGUUGCGUGACAUUGAGGUGGGCGAGGAGAUUACCUGCUUCUAUGGUGAGGAUUUCUUUGGCGAUAGCAAUCGGUAUUGUGAGUGCGAAACGUGCGAGAGGCGUGGCACUGGUGCGUUUGCCGGCAAACGCAAUAACGACGGUCGUGGCGGGCUGGACGAUGUGAAUGGCAUGGGUCUAUUGGGUGGUCUCAGCUCUGGCAUGGGCCUGGUCACAGUUGGUGGCAGUACCGUUGUCGGUGGGACGACAGUCGGCGGUGGCUAUCGUUUACGUGAAACCGAUAAUCGAAUUAAUCGUAUUAAAAGUCGAGCCAAUAGCACGAAUAGCACAUCGAAUAGCAAUGGCAGUAAUACCACCAAUGAUUCCUCCAAUAAUGAGAGUAACCCUUCAAUCAGUGCAGCAGGAGGAUGCACAACGGGAGUGGUUACAAGUGGCGGAGCCACCUCAUCGAAGGAAUCGGCAAUAGCUGCUGCUGGUCCCGGUGCAGUAGUUGCAAUCAGCAAUUUAGUGGAGAAGAACAACAAAACGGAACAGCCAGUGACGAAUGUUGUUGUCUCACCAUUGACCAUGAAGGAGUUGCGUCAGAAGGGCAUGACCAAAUAUGAUGCAGAAAUGAUAAUGGCCAAUAAUGCCUAUCACCAUCAUCAUAAUCAUCAUCAUCAUCACAACAAUAAUCAUCAUCAUCAUCAUAAUCAUCAUCUUAAUCACCAUCAUCAUCAGCAACAGCAGCAGCAACAGCAACAACAACAACAACAACAGCAGCAGCAACAAUUCCAAUAUGCCAGUACUGGAGCUGAAGCAGUACAACAAAUGGCCAAUAUGCAAAAGCCUGGCACUAGUAAUACUGCUGCUGCUGCUACCGCUGCCGCCGCCUCUGCCACCAGCAGUAGCAACACAACAAAUUUGACGGAAUUGAAUGGUAGUGGUCGUUCGAGUACUUUACGUAAAUCCAUGCGUGUAAAUAGUACCAGUAGCAGCAUUUCUACAGCCUCUACAGAAGAUGCAGUGACAACAACAACAACCGCAGCAUCGGCAACAACAACCACAACCAUACCACCACCACCGCCACCAACAGCUGCUGUGAUAGCCACAGCAAAAGCGGCUGUGGUUUUAGUACCACGUUAUAAGCCAGCUAUGGCCAUGGCUGCAGCUGCUGCUGCUUUGCAACAACAACAACAACAACAGCGGCAACAUCAGCGACAACAGCAGCAGCAGCAGCAACAACAACAGCGACAACUUCGUCGCAGUGAAAGGCAAAAACAACAUAAUGAAUGCGAUGAAAGAGAAAAGCAACUGCAGCUAAGCAAGGAAAAGGAGAUGGAAAAGCAACAACAACAACAGCAACUGCUGGAGCAACAGCAUCAACAACAUCAACAACAACAACAACAACAACAACAUCAUCAGCAUCAGACUCAACGUGUGACGCGUAAUAGCUUAGGCAGAUUGCAUGAGGAAACGGGAAUCACUGCCCAUAGUAACAACAACAUUAUUAAUAAUAAUAUUACUACCAACAACAACAACAACAACAACAACAGCAGCAACAAAGCAACGAUUACAAAUUGUAAUAAUAAUAAUAAUAGUAGAAUUAAUUCUAUUGCUAAUACUAAUCUUAAUGUUAGACAUAAUCAUAAAAAGUUAAAUUCGGCCUCGGAAAUGCAGCAACAACAACAACAGCAACAACAUUUGGAGCCUGCCUUUAAAAAGAAUCUAUUGGCCAGCUUUGAGCAGGCAACAACGACAACAACAACAACAGCAGCAGCGGCAGCAGCAGCAACCGCAGCACCAACUGAAGCCUUUUUGCAUAAACGCAGUCGUCGUGCCGCCGCUUUGGCCGCAGCCCAACAUAUACAUAGCGAUGCUCUGAAUGCUUAUCCUGCUGGUGCAGCAGGAGGAGCUAGUGGUGGGGGUCGUAAACGUUUAACCACCACAGCAACCAAAUCAAUAGCCGCCUCAUCGUCAAAAGCAGCAGCAGCAUCCUCCAUACUUUCCAGCAGCAGCACCAGCAGCACAGUUGAACCUCUUCUCAAGACUCCUGAACGUCGAUUGAAAUUGACAUUACGAAUGAAACGAUCACCCAUUCUGGAUGAGGUUAUCGAAUUGGGCACCAGUUUAAGUAAUGAUAAUAGGCAUUUAAUAGCCCGGCAAAAUGGAAUUAUUAGUGGAUCAGUGGGAGCAGCAGGCCCGGGAGGAGGGAGUGGCGGAUCGUCUUCAGCGGGAACAACUGGCGGAGGCAAUUAUAAAAGUAAUCUAUCUAGUGUCGGAGGAACAGCGGCCAGAGCAACAACAAUUGGAGGCCUUGUCGGGGGAAGAGAAAAAAGUUUACUUAAAAACGAUGUUGAAUAUAAUGGAAAUGGAGGUAAUUGCUCUGCUACUGGCAAUGGCAUAGAAUAUGAAAUUUUACGCAUGGAGGGCAUAUCUGAGCAUGGCAAUGACGAUGAUGAUGAUGACGAUGACGACGAAGAUGAUGAUGAUGAUGAUGAUGGAGAUGGAGACGAUGAUGAUCAUGGUGGCGACGACAACAAUCAUAACGUUGAAGCAGAGCCAGUGCAAGAUGAGAAUGAAGAAGAAUUUGUAAUGGCAGAGGAAGAGAUCGAAGAAGAGGUAUCAAUAGAAGAAAAUCAUCAGGAAACAUCUAUAGUGGCUGAAUCAGAGUAUAAUGAUAACGAUCAUCAUCAGCAGCAGCGGCAAAACUUUAAAAGAAAAAAGAAUAAAAAGCAACGCAAUCGACGCUCCUCACCAAUAACAGUCCUAAAUGGUGGUGUUGCUGGGGCAACAUCAACAACAUCAUCAUCAUCAGUAUAUGGGACACCGCAAAAGAAACGUUUACGUCUUAUAUUUGGCAAUGAGACGCAUACCAUAGACAUUCCACCCACAGCAACCAACAGCACCGCUUGCACCACCACCACCACCACCAGCAACCACAACAGUCGGUUAUCUGGUGGAGGAGCCAGUGGUGUAGAUGAUUUAAUAAAUAGUAGCGGCGUGAGCGCCAGUGAUGAAUCAUUUAAUGCCUCCUAUGCCAGCAGCAGCCAACAGAGCAGCAACACAAGCAGCAGCGGCACCAGCAUGACUGUGAAUACCUCAGCCAAUUCCACCAGCAAUAGUAAUAAUAGUAGCACUAGCACCACCACCAGUUCAGCUGUGCCGCAUGCAGCAUCAUCCUCAUCAUCAACAACAUCGCCAACAACACCACCACCAACAACAACAACAACAUCAUCAACAUCUGGAACUGGAACUUCCGUCAAUAAUUUAUAUAAUUUUCCAAAUGGUGUUGCUACCGAUAAUUAUUAUAAUUAUUUAGGUAAAUAUACAGCAAAAGGACAACAGCAGGGCGCAUCAAGUCCUGGCCAGGGUCAGGCGAUUGUAUCUAGCAGUAGUUGUGCUGUUGCUGGUGGUGCAGGAGGUGAAAAGAGUGGUGGAGGUGGAGGUGUAGGAGGAGGAGCAGGUGCAGCUGCUGCUGCUGGAGCUUUUCUUAGUUUACCUAAACAUACAUUUGGCACUUGUGCCUUAAUGGCACCAACAGGUUUUGCUAACCUGCAACAGCAGCAACAUCAUCAUCAUCAUCAUCAUCAACAACAACUACAACAACAACAACAACAACAACAACAACAGCAAAGUACUGCCGCCACUUCAUCCUGCUCACAGCAACAACAAAAAUAACCAUUGACUGAUCUCCUGACCAUUAGCUGCCAUAUAAACCGAAAUGUGGCUAGAAAAAUAUGGUAAAAUUACUGCUGCUGUUGCUGCUGCUGCUGCCGCCGCCGCUUACAAUGUUGUUUGCAUGCAUCCCUGUCUAAAUAUUAAUUAAAGAAGCAAUCAAACAACCAACAAACCAACCAA